AUGACGUCGUGCCCUGGCUCCCGCGGCGUCGUGCGGGUCCUGGACUGGUUCGAGCUGCCCGACGGCUCCGCGCUGGCCACGGAGCGUCCGCAGCGCUGUCAGGACCUCUGGUACUCGCUGGCCGAGCGGGGGUUCCUGACGGAGCCCGUGGAUUUCCCAUACCCAAACGUUCACCAGAUGGAGAAGGUUGCGAGGAAGAGGAAGAUUCCCUGGGACACCGAGGCAGACAAGGAGCUGAGGAUGGAGACCAGGAAGGACAAAUCCCUGCAGCAGAACCUAAUGGAAGAGGCCGUUUUGAGCAACUCCACAGCGCAGGAAUCCAACAGGGAGGAAAAUCCCUGGAGGUCUCACAGGAGGAGGGGCUGCAAGCCCAGCCCAGGAUGCUCUGAGGAGGAAAGACCCACUCUGGGCCAGGAAGGUGGGCAGAGCUUCAGCCAGAGCUUGGAGCUGGUGGUCCCUGAGAAGCUUCCUGAUGGGCAGAAGCCCUACAAGUGCUUGGAGUGUGGGAAGAGCUUCAGGGAGAGCAACAGAUUCAGCUCCAACUCUCACCUUGUCAGCCACCAACACAUCCACACCGGGGAAUGGCCCUACGGGUGUGGGGAAUGUGGGAAGGGCUUCAGACGGAGCUCUGACCUCAUCAUCCACCAACGCAUCCACACUGGGGAGAGGCCCUAUGAGUGUCCUGAGUGUCAGAAGAGGUUUCACAGCAGCUCUGGUCUCCUCAAACACCAGUGGAUUCACACGGAUGAGAGGCCCUUCCACUGCCCUGACUGCAGGAAGGGCUUCAAGCGCAACUCCACCCUCGUCACACACCAGCGUAUCCAUACCGGGGAGAGGCCCUACAUGUGCUCCACUUGUGGGAAGACGUUUAACAGCAGCUCAGAUCUCCUCCGGCAUGAGCGGAUUCACUCUGAGGAGAGGCAUUUCCUCUGCCCUGACUGUGGCAAGGGCUUCAAGCAAAACUCCCAUCUUGUCAGCCACCAACGCAUCCACACUGGGGAGAGGCCCUACUUGUGUCCCCAGUGUGGGAAGAGCUUCACCUGGAGCUCUGACUUGACCAAACACCAACGGAGGCACCAGUAAGGGAAAUCCUGAAAGUUCCCCAGCUGCAGGAAGA